AUGUCUCCCGAGAUUGUGUUCCAGAGUCUCGUAGGUCUUUGGACUCAACCCGAAUGGAGGAAGCGGUUGCGAGCAGUCGUUGUGCAUGGAGCCCACUGUAUUGGGACCUGGGGCCUGGAAUUCAGGAAGCAUUAUGGACUUCUCGGACAAUUGCGUUCCAAGGUCGCCCGGAUAACAUGUUUUCUUGCGAUCUCGACCACUUUACCACCUGCCUUUCUUUCGACAGUCAUCAGCACGUUGUAUUUCAAGAACGUUGAGGUCGUUAACGUCGGCAAUGACAGGAUCAACGUCAAAUACAUCCCCCGGUUUUGUCACGAAAACGGGAAUUUUGCGGAGGCCAGUAAAAUUAGGAAAGAUCGGCCACCACUACGGAUAGGAGCAGAGAAGGCUCGCGCAUUGAAGGUGAUCAAGACUUGGAGGCUUGACGCUUUCAAUUUUUUCUACAGGGAUCGCUGCCAUCUAAUGGGCUUGGGCAGUGUGAUGCCUGAUUCAAUGACGGACAAGCUAGCAGCCUCAAGCACCGCUGUCGUCAAGGCCGUCAGGAUUGAAAAGGAUAGACCUCAGACAAGGUUUGCCAAAUACAAUGCCGCACAUACCAGUAUCAGCACCAGCACCAACGCCAGCACCAGCAUUAGUCGGAGUGCAGAGCAGGAUAGACCUCAGACAAGGUUUGCCAAAUACAAUGCCGCACAUACCAGUAUCAGCACCAGCACCAACGCCAGCACCAGCAUUAGUCGGAGUGCAGAGCAGGAUAGACCUCAGACAAGGCUCGCCAUACACAACGCUGCAGAUACCAGCACUAGAACCGCCAACAGCUAA